AUCAUGCCAGUGGGGUGUGAGGCGAGCCCUCCGCUGGAGAACAGGAGCGCUGCUCCCGGCCGGCCUCCUCCGCUCUCAGGUUGGCUCAUCCCACAUGUCCUGCACAAAGGCUGUUCUUCAGUGGCCGCAGCAGGAAAGAAAAUCCUGAGGAACACACAUCAUGGACAGAAUGAUUGAGAAGACCUCAGAUUCCUAUGACUGCAACUCCCUUUGCCAGAAUAAAAUAGGGGAUUCUGAGAUUGACAUCUAUUGUGCAGGUUGGUCAGUGGGAGAGACCAUUCCCCCAUAUUACUCCACCGAAAAUAAUUUCUCAGCUUCUGCUAACAUUGCAAAAAUGCCCCUAAGAGAGUCUGCACUGCCUGAUACAGACAAUCCCACCACUGCCAAGGACAUGAUGAGUCAAGAAACAGUAGGAACACAAACUACCACAAAAUCUACUGAGAAUUGUUCCGCUACCAACAGGAAACCUGUUGACAAACCUCAAGAAGCCACUCCUUCAAAAACCAGAGAGAGUGGUCAACACUUUUGGGAUAAACCAAAGUAUAUCUAUAAGCACUUAACUCAGAAAGAGCAGAAGAAUUAUAUCUGUUUCGAGUGUGGGAAAAGCUUCAUCUACCGGUCCUAUCUUGUGGUCCACCAAAGAACACAUACCGGGGAGAGGAUGUAUGAAUGCAGAGAAUGCGGAAAGGGUUUUACUCGGAACUCUUACCUUGUAAUACACAGAAGAACCCACACAGGGGAGAAACCAUUUCCAUGUGGAGAAUGUGGGAAGAGUUUUACAAGUAAUGUAAGUUUAGUCAAGCACCAAAAAACACACAAUGAGGUGAAACCAUAUACAUGCAUACAGUGCGGUAGAAGCUUCACAGAUAGUUCCAACUAUGUGCGACACCAGAUCAUUCACACUGGGGAGAAACCUUACACUUGCACUGUAUGUGGGAAGAGCUUCACUAGGAAUUCUCACUUAAUUUUACACCAGAGAACUCACACAGGGGAGAGACCAUACCCCUGCUCGCACUGUAACAAAUCUUUUACCAGCAGCUCUAAUCUUGCCAGUCACCAGAAAACACACUCCGGCAAAAAGCCAUUUAUGUGUAAGGAAUGUGGGAAAACUUUUACUCAAAAAUCCUACUUGGCCACUCAUAUGCGAAGUCACACUGGAGAGAAGCCGUUUGUCUGUGAUUGUGGGAAACGGUUUGUGGUGCGGUCUUCUCUGGUCAAGCAUCAGGCUAAACAUACUGGAGAGCGCCCCUUUGGAUGUACCUUGUGUAGCAAACGAUACAUACGCAGGUCUCACCUCAAUGCUCACAAGAAGACACAUAAAACUGAGAGGCCUCAUGGUUGCCCGAAGUGUGACAAGACCUUCAUUCGACGAUCACAUCUCCUGGUUCAUCGGAGAAGCCACAGAAGGGAAAAACCGUACACAUGCAUGGAGUGUGGUGACAGCUUUACCUGCAAUUCAGCUCUAGUCAUACAUCAAAAAACCCAUGGAGUGCUCUUGAGGGCUGUUGUAGAAGAAGAACACAAGGAGGACAAUCAGUACAAAGACAAAUCACAAGGACCACAAAUAUGUUAAACUUCAGCAACUAGACACUAACAGACUGCACCGUUACCACAGAGGCAAAGCUGUUCUACAGAGGGAAUUCAUUUAUUUUUAAUUUCCGUUCUGGUUUGCCUGUUUGUUUUCAACUUGUAACGAAGCUCUACGUAUAAUAAUACCACAUAUUGACCCUGUUUUAAUGUUGUAUAAUAUAUGUUUCAUUCAUUCAGAAUGAUGAGAGUUAGACUGCACAGUGACCAAAACAGUUCUGUGUGGUUGAGGGGUAUGGGACUCAGGGUUGACAGUGUGUAGGUCAACGCCCAUUGGGUCGACACGUCCAUUAGGUCGACAUGGAAAAAGGUCAACGUAAGUUUUUCAUGUUUUUUUGGUGUCGUUUUCUUCGUAGAGUGACCGGGAACCCCAAUUAGUGCACCGCUUCGCUCGCCAUGCUUCGGGCAAGGUUACCGUUCCCAAUUGUAGUCCACGUGGAUCGUAAAGUAUGAUUUAAAUAAAAAGAAAAAAACUCAUGUUGACCUUUUUGCAUGUCAACCUAAUGGUCAUGUCGACCUAUUUCUAGUGUCGACCUAUUCACUGUCGACCAGUGGGUGUCAAUCUAAGUGGUGUCGACCCAGAGUCCGGAUACCGGAGUAAUAAGACUUUCAUUGUACAGUUUACUUUGGGUGUAAUGUAGCUUUUUAGAAUUAAAUGACAAUUGGGCUAAUUCAGUAAGGAUAGCAAAUUCUGCUAAUCAGCAGAAUUUGCUAUCCUUUUCCUAGCAUGCUGGGCAAGGCUGCCCAGCAUGCUGACCGGAGCCUCCCUCCCCCUUCAACAAGCAGAAAUUGCGAUUGAUCGCAAUUUCUGCUUGUUAGCAGAAAUACUGGAAGCCUCCUGCCGGCGCAGCUUGGUUGCGCCCACAGGAGACCUGCCGCCUUCUCCCUGAUCACGGCGGCUGCAUGUGAUGUCACGCAGCCGCCGUGAUCAAGGCCACGACACGCCCCCGUUUGGCCGACUACGCCCCCGUUUGCGCCACACCGCCCCCACAAUGUCAUCUCCCUGGAAACAGCGGUCCCCGCGCGACCGCAUUUUCCGUGUCCACCCACAGAAAGUGCAGGCGCAUGCACAGGACAGGAGCUGCACAUGCGCCUGCGGGGCAAUCGUAAAAAUUCCGCUUGGAUCGCGAUUUGCGAUCCAACCUGAAUUAGCCCCAAUAUCUGCCAUUUUCUCAGUAAAACAAGAUGAGACCUGGAAUAUUUAGAGGACCCUGAGUGUGUUUGAAGAAUACAUAAGAUAAACUAGACCAGGGGUUCUCAAACUCGGUCCUCAGGACCCCACACAGUGCAUGUUUUGCAGGUAACCCAGCAAGUGCACAGGUGUAUUAAUUACUCACUGACACAUUUUAAAAAGUCCACAGGUGGAGCUAAUCAUUUCACUUGCGAUUCUGUGAGGAGACCUGCAAAACAUGAACUGUGUGGGGUCCUGAGGACCGAGUUUGAGAACCUGUGAACUAGAUAAUCUACACAUAUUCUAGACAAGUCCCUUCUUGCAGGGGUAAUCCUGGAACAAGUGGGGGCAUGGAGCACUGCUGCAGAGUUUGGUUUUAUACACGGUUUCAAGCCUCCAGAUUUUUUUAUACACAGUUGAUCCAUGAACCGAAAUGAAAGCACAUUAUGGUGAGAAUAUAUUUGUUUGUUUGUUUCUGUUUUGUGAAAUCACUUUUGGAAAGUAAUUGUUCUGCAACCUUUCAGGUCAUUCUGUUUUUAAUGUCAAGUAUGAUCAUGAGAGUCCAAGACCACAUACAAAAACUGGCGCUUAAAGUAUGUCUUAUGGGCCAUGUCGUGAAUGCACCACUACAUUUCUGGUGUGCCGGUGCUUCUUUUUGAUGUUGGGCGAGGUUCUAUGGAGUGGCAUAUACAGGAUGGAGUAACUUGCGCCCCCUAACUGCAGCUCAGUCACUACUCCUCAAAUAGCAUACAAUAUACAAAAAAGAGCGGUCCACAAGUGACUGUUAGGCACAAAAAGAUGUUCUUUCUCUUGUUCUGGGAAGCUCUAUAGAGUCAUUCUAGGGGGGUGAUUCAGAUCUGGUCGCUGGGCUACAAACUUUGCUGUCAUGCGUUCAGAUAGUCGCCGCCCCAUGGGGGAGUGUAAAUUUGCCAUGCAAGUAAUCGAUCGCAUGUGUACGCCGAAUUGCAAAAAUCCACUGUGUGCAGUCUCUGCGCAGCCCAGGACUUACUCCUACAGUGCGAUCAGAAGGGGCUGAUCGGGGCCAGAGCUGACAUCAGACACCCUCCCUGAAAACGCUUGGGAAUGCCUGAGUUUUUUCGGAUACUCCCAAUAAACGGUCAGUUACCACCCACAAACAGCCUCCUCCUGUCAAUCACUUUACAAACGCCCGUGCGAUCGAAUUUUGCGCACCAUCCCGUCGCCGAUACCUUUUGUUGUUAUCCAACACGCAUUCGCAUUGUGGUGCAUACGCAUGUGCAGUUAGCACCUGAUCGCCCGCUGUGCGAAAACACACAGCAGCGAUCAGGUCUGAAUCACCCCCUAUAUUCUCCAGGAAAUCAAAAACAUAUCAAGGAGACUUCAUCAAGCACAGAUAAAUGACAAUUCCUCAUAUGGGUUGAGGGAACCUUUGGAGUCACCUCAACUUAAUGAGAUGCGUUUAUCAAAAGGUCUCUUUAAAGUCCCCCAACUAUUAUAUCUUCCCCAAGGUAUAAUGCAUACUUCAUCACUCCCACAGGAAAAUAACUCACCUAGUAUUUAGCAGCUAUGUUCAUCAAAAGGUAUUUUUAAUGUGGACCCUCUGUAUAGGCAGUUCCCAUACCAUACCAGAGCAUGUAGUACACUGUCCAGAUAAAGGGUUGAUCACAGCAGCAAGUUUGUUAGCAGUUGGGCAAAACCAUGUUUACUGCAGGGGGGACAGAUAUAACAUGUGCAGAGAGAGUUAGAUUUGUGUGGGGCGUGUUCAAACUGAAAUCGUAAUUGCAGUGUAAAAAUAAAGCAGCCAGUAUUUACCCUGCACAGAGACAAAAUAACCCACCCAAAUCUAACUCUGUGUGCAAAUGUUAUAUCUGCCUCCCCAUGCAGUGCACAUGGGGGAUCAUUCCGACCCGAACGCUCGCUGCGGUUUGUCGCAGCGCAGCGAUCGGGUCGGAACUGCGCAUGGCAGCCGUCGUUGCCUAGCGAUCGC